UGGCACGAACCAUACGCUCUCAAGAUAUGACGACUUAAUGGGAUUACAAUUGUUCCAAAGCCAGAGGAGAUUUGAUGUAUAAAAACCGUAGGGAACUUUGGCGUGCUCAAGCACGCCAUGGAUCAUGGACCCAAACUUCGACCAGACCUCCACCACGUGCAGCGAAUAUAAGACUGCGAAAAUUCCCGCCUCGCCCAAGCAUCGUCCAAUAGUGUACAAACCGAAAAGGUUAGGUCAUGUCCUGACGCCCGCGGAUAAUUGGAUCAAGAUACAAGUUGUCGCAUUCGCCUGGGUUCAAAAUCAUGGCCGAACAAGCCACCCGUGGCUCGUCCACGAUAAAUUACAAAGAUGGGGGAAUGAGAGACAAUAAAGAAUAUCAAACCCGACUUCGACAGACGCUCGAAGCUGGCGAAGUCGAGUUGCUGUCCCCGGAGAUGUUAAUAUCCUCUCGCGAUGCCGAGCAUCCCGCAAACCUCAUCCCGUCGCUAUGUGAAGCGUUCUACAAGCUUGGAUGGGUGACCGGUACGGGAGGAGGGAUAUCCAUCCGCAAAGGUGCCCUGGCCUACUUCGCCCCGAGCGGCGUGCAGAAAGAGCGGAUUAAGCCCGAGGACCUGUUCGUGUUGGACUUGCGGUUGGGAACGUACUUGCGGUACCCGCUGCCGUUGAAGCCUAGCCAGUGCACGCCAUUAUUCCAUCUCUCGUUCAUGAAGCGAGGCGCGGGGGCGUGUAUCCACACACAUAGCCAGUGGGCCGUGCUGGUGACGCUCCUCGUCGAGCAGGAGCUGCAGCAGCGGACGGCAAAGGGUGGUUUUGCGACGUGGGAUGACCGGAGCAUGGGCGGGAUUACCGAUCUGACGGGCGCCGAGCGAAGUCUCUCAAAAAAGCGCUGGGAUGCAACGCCAGGCCGCGACGCCGUGCUGCAUCGACCAUUCCGCAUCUCGCGCCUCGAGCAGAUCAAAGGCAUCCCCGCCGGUCAGAAGCACACGGACGGGUAUAUCGAUGAUGUGGACCUGUCGAAGAUCGAGCCCAGUCGGCCCGGAUACCUGUCAUAUUACGAUACGCUGGCGAUUCCGAUUAUCGAGAACACGGCGCACGAGGAAGAUCUCUCCGCGUCGCUAGCGGCGGCCAUCGAGAUGUAUCCGCACUCGAGCGCGGUGCUGGUGAAGAGACAUGGCGUAUACGUCUGGGGGGAGACGUGGGUGAAGGCGAAGACUGUUUGUGAGAGUCUGGACUACAUUUUUCAGCUGGCGAUCGAGAUGCGCAAGUUGAAUGCGCCAUGGACGGAAGAUUGAGUGGAUGAAUGAAAAUCGUCAAGAUGAUGGUCGGGCCGAGAUAUGGAUUCGGGGGGUGGUUAACGACAAUGAUAGGAUGCUUAAUGAGGGCGAAAUCGAUAACAGGGAUUAUCCCGAUGGUUGAGGAGUCAAACUACAAGCACCGUCGCCAGUGAUCAUCUCGUUUAAGCUACUACUGUUAAUUACUUCUUGCAUAAUAGUGCUAUCAUAUACCAUGAGUUUUCAUGGCGAAUCAGUAUCGUACAAUU